AUGACAACAUUCGGGACCAGUGCUGAAGGAGGUCCAGGAGCUUCCCAGAGUGCUGAAGGAGGUCCAGGAGCUUCCCAGAGUGCAGAAGGAGGUCCGGGAGCUUCCCAGAGUGCUGAAGGAGGUCCAGGAGCUUCCCAGAGUGCUGAAGGAGGUCCAGGAGCUUCCCAGAGUGCUGAAGGAGGCCCGGGAGCUUCCCAGUAUGCAGAAGGAGGUCCAGGAGCUUCCCAGAGUGCUGAAGGAGGCCCGGAGCUUCCCAGAGUGCUGAAGGAGGCCCAGGAGCUUCCCAGAGUGCUGAAGGAGGCCCAGGAGCUUCCCAGAGUGCUGAAGGAGGCCCAGGAGCUUCCCAGAGUGCUGAAGGAGGCCCAGGAGCUUCCCAGAGUGCUGAAGGAGGUCCAGGAGCUUCCCAGAGUGCUGAAGGAGGCCCAGGAGCUUCCCAGCGCGCUGACAGACAUCUUCAGCCUCUCACUCUCUCAAGCUGCUGUUCCUGUUCCUGGUUUGGCUGGGGGCAGACGACACUACAACAGGUCCCUGUCACAGAGACGACACUACAACAGGUUCCUGUCACAGAGGAGAGACGACACUACAACAGGUCCCUGUCACAGAGACGACACUACAACAGGUUCCUGUCACAGAGGAGAGACGACACUACAACAGGUCCCUGUCACAGAGACGACACUACAACAGGUUCCUGUCACAGAGGAGAGACGACACUACAACAGGUUCCUGUCACAGAGACGACACUACAACAGGUUCCUGUCACAGAGACGACACUACAACAGGUUCCUGUCACAGAGGAGAGACGACACUACAACAGCUUCCUGUCACAGAGACGACACUACAACAGCUUCCUGUCACAGAGACGACACUACAACAGGUUCCUGUCACAGAGACGACACUACAACAGGUUCCUGUCACAGAGGAGAGACGACACUACAACAGGUUCCUGUCACAGAGGAGAGACAACACUACAACAGCUUCCUGUCACAGAGACGACACUACAACAGGUCCCUGUCACAGAGACGACACUACAACAGGUUCCUGUCACAGAGACGACACUACAACAGGUUCCUGUCACAGAGACGACACUACAACAGGUCCCUGUCACAGAGGAGAGACGACACUACAACAGGUUCCUGUCACAGAGGAGAGACGACACUACAACAGCUUCCUGUCACAGAGACGACACUACAACAGGUCCCUGUCACAGAGACGACACUACAACAGGUUCCUGUCACAGAGGAGAGACGACACUACAACAGGUCCCUGUCACAGAGGAGAGACGACACUACAACAGGUUCCUGUCACAGAGACGACACUACAACAGGUUCCUGUCACAGAGGAGAGACGACACUACAACAGGUUCCUGUCACAGAGACGACACUACAACAGGUUCCUGUCACAGAGGAGAGACGACACUACAACAGCUUCCUGUCACAGAGACGACACUACAACAGGUCCCUGUCACAGAGGAGAGAAAACACUACAACAGGUUCCUGUCACAGAGGAGAGACGACACUACAACAGGUUCCUGUCACAGAGGAGAGACGACACUACAACAGGUUCCUGUCACAGAGACGACACUACAACAGGUUCCUGUCACAGAGACGACACUACAACAGGUUCCUGUCACAGAGACGACACUACAACAGGUUCCUGUCACAGAGGAGAGACGACACUACAACAGGUUCAAAACAAAGCAACAAAAAACAUUGAACAAAGCGACAAAAACGCAACUUUUUUCAAUGGUUUUUGUGUGUCUGUG